UUAUAAAUAUGGACACAAUCGGAUGGCUAUGGAAUAGAAUUGUGAAUAUUUUUGAUAAAUAUAUCUGGAAGAGCAAUGGAGGAUUGUGAAAAUAACAGGCGGCCACUCCUCGCCGCCGCCACACCCUCACCGAAUGGACAUCGUCAUCCCACCUCCGCCGCAACUGCAAUUUUCAGCGCUGAAUCUUCUGACAUCCCUCACAUCGACACUCCCAAAGGCUUCUUCACUCAAUUCUCCAUCGAGUCCAAGAAACUCUGGUACCUCGCCGGCCCUGCCAUAUUCACCUCCAUUUCCCAGUACUCCCUCGGCGCCGUCACCCAGCUCCUUGCCGGUCAUGUCGGUACUCUCGAACUCGCCGCCGUCUCCGUGGAGAACUCCGUCAUUGCUGGCUUCUGCUUCGGCGUCAUGCUUGGGAUGGGAAGCGCGCUGGAGACGCUGUGCGGGCAGGCGUACGGGGCCGGGCAGCUUGAUAUGUUAGGGAUUUACAUGCAAAGGUCAUGGGUGAUUCUGAACACGACGGCUCUUUUUCUGUGUCUAUUGUACAUCUUUGCGAGGCAAAUCCUUAGAGCGAUAGGCCAGACGGCGGCGAUAUCGGAGGCGGCGGGGGUGUUCGCGUUGUGGAUGAUCCCGCAGCUGUUCGCAUACGCGAUGAACUUUCCGAUCCAGAAGUUCUUGCAGGCGCAGAGCAAGAUCAUGGUGAUGGCGUGGAUAUCGGCGGCGGCGCUGAUGGUGGUGCACACCGUGAUGAGCUGGUUGCUGAUGCUGAAAUUGAAGUGGGGCAUGGUCGGAGCGGCGGUCGUCCUGAACUCGUCGUGGUGGCUCAUCGUGGUGGGUCAACUGGUCUACAUCUUCAGCGGAACCUGUGAGCGAGCUUGGAGUGGCUUCUCCUUCCAAGCCUUUAAGAAUCUGUGUUUCGUUCGCCUCUCCAUGGCCUCCGCCGUCAUGCUCUGCUUGGAGGUAUGGUAUUUUAUGGCUCUGAUCCUUUUCGCUGGAUAUCUCAAGAACGCUGAAGUUUCAGUGGAUGCUUUGUCUAUUUGUGCGAACAUACUGGGCUGGACUGUGAUGGUCUCCUUCGGAAUGAACGCGGCCGUAAGUGUGAGAGUAUCCAAUGAACUCGGAGCGGGACAUCCAAGAACAGCAAAGUUUUCGCUGGUUGUGGCCAUAAUAACAUCGUUUAUAAUGGGUCUGGUCAUGUCGCUUGUCCUGAUCAUCUUCAGGAAACAGUACCCAGCAUUGUUCUCAGGCGACACGCAAGUGCAGGAGCUGGUGGGGGAGCUGACACCCAUGUUGGCUUUCUGCAUCAUCAUCAACAAUGUGCAGCCUGUUCUCUCUGGAGUAGCCAUUGGAGCAGGAUGGCAAACUGCCGUUGCUUACGUAAACGUCGUUUACUACCUUUUCGGUGUCCCACUGGGUCUUGUUUUGGGUUACAAGCUCAAAUUUGGAGUCAAGGGAAUCUGGUCGGGAAUGUUGACAGGCAUCUUACAGACAAUCGUUCUCUCCAUGAUGGUUUAUAAAACCAACUGGAAUAAAGAGGCCUCACUUGCAGAAGAUAGGAUAAAGAAGUGGGGUGGGGAUACUCAUUCAAAAAUAAGUGAUAUGUGAAAUAUAAGACCGAGACUCUCUCGAUUCCCGCUGGGGGGCCUAUGAGGGGAGGACCAGAAGAGAUCUGGGGCCAUGAAAGAAAGAAGAAGAAACUAAUUUAAGGUGCAAAAAAUUCAUGCUUGGCGUGGAUUUUAUAAUUUUUUUUCUAA